UGGCCUCAAAAAAUUGGUGAUGCGCUUCAGUAUGGCCGCCAGUUGGCAGUAUUGUAACAUUUUCAACUAGAAAAAUCGUAGAAGAAGGUGUUUUUUUGUUUGUUUUGUUCAUAGAUAUCAUAUCUCUCUAGAAGUGUUUUGCGUGCUGUAAACCAACGUGGACGAGCGUCGUCGCAUGUCGGCAAUUUUGCGUCGGGUCCGCUAAAUAUAAUAUGGUCAGUGAGGCGUUUAUUCUUAAAUAACUCAAGUAAGACAUAAAUUGCUCAAUUUUCCACUUAUUGUCAGACAUGUAGUAAAAACAAUCGGAUCGUAUCAACGUUGAUAUAGCCUGUUAUGAACAAGGCCCUGAUUUGAGCCAAGAUUUCAUCGGGUUAAGAAUAUUUUCGUGGGGAAAAAAAUAACUCGCGUUAGCUACAAAAGACCCCCGACGCAAGGUGGCCGCCAGUUAACUGCGCCGCCGACUCAGCCUACAAACAUCUAUCCUUAUGCAUGGGAUAUCUAUAGAUGUGUUCAUUUUACAGUCUUGCAACAAAUGACUCCCAAUUUAAUGGAGAAUAUAUUCUAGAAUGGACAAAAGGAAGAGACCUUUUGAUGUGACUGCCUCUUCGUUGGUGGAUCUUAAAGCUGAGCUCUACAGAAAGCAGGAACAAUUCAAACAGCAGAGACUUGGACAGGAAAAUACUAGUACUGGACAUAAACCUAAGCCCAAAGUUAAGAAACCAAAUGUCUUUGUCAAGCAAAACACUGGCGUUUCGGCAAGAGCUGAGAAAGAUGCAGAGCAGUUGGCUGAGGAGCAGAAGAACCUGGAGACGUCGAGGAACAAGCUAGAGGAAAAAGCCAAACUCUAUGAGCAGAUGACAAAGGGAAACUUCCCAGAUGAGGAAACGGAGGGAUUGUACCUGGUAGAUUUUGCUCAAAAAAUUAUUGACAAAAGAAAAGAUAUACGUGAACAAAAGGAUGCUGACAGUGAGGAGGAGGAAAUUGCCAGUUUAUCUCCUAUUCCUCCUCAGAACCCAGAUGAAGAAUGGGUGGACUUUGUGGAUGCUCUAGGACGGUCUCGAAGGUGCAUGAAGAAAGACUUGCCAGAUUUUGUGAAAAUGGACUUAGGCUUCAAAGGAAAUAGACAAGUCUCUGCUGACUUGCUGUCAGAGGACAUGCGCAGAGAGCUACAGAGACAAGAGUGGGAGCGAGAAGAAGAAGAAGCCAUGAAGAAACCCGUUGGACCAGUACAUUAUGAGAAUAUCAGAGCUCAAGAGGCUCGGGAGCUUGGUGUGGGCUACUUUGCUUUUUCUCAUGACGAGGAGGACCGCAGAAAGCAGAGAGAGACUUUAGACAUGCUCAGGGACCAGACGACCGACCAAAGGAGCAAGAGGGAGCGACUGAAAGAGAAGAAGAAGGCCAUCCUGCAGGCUCGGCUGGCUAAAAUAAAGCAGAGGAAGUUGAAGGCCAAGGGAGGUGUUGCAGAGGACGAGCAACUCGAAGAGUCCAACGAAGAGGACACGAUGGCGCCCUCGCCUCCACCUGAGGAUCCACCAGAGGUCAGUAGAGUGAAGAAGGUGGAAGUGGAGAUUCAGGAAAGAAGGGAUACCAAACCUGGAGUCCCUCAUGUCCGAGAGUGGGACAGAGGCAAAGAAUCCAUGUUUAGUGAGUGGAAAAGUCGGCGCCAAUCAGAGCGGGAUUCCGAGUUUGCGCCUCCCUCCACAUACUUUACUGACACAAGAAGCCAGAGAGCAGCAAAGAUGCCAGUACCUGAGAAGAAAAGUCCACAAAUGGCUUUCAAACAGACGCAAGUCCCAUUUGGGAGCACGGAGAUCCAGCAUGAUGAGCCAUCUCCUCCCCCUGCAGCUGCUCCUGCACCUCAACCGCCACCACAAAAUCCUCCAGCACAAACACAUCAACCACCGCCCUGUCGCCCGCCGGCCCCCCCCGCCAACCUCCGAUACCCCUUUCCUCCAUUUUUCCCUUCAUUUGCGCCUCCACGUUUUAUUAGCCCACCGUACCCAUUUCCACACUUCCCCCCACAUUACCAAAACCAAUAUCCCCCUCAGUGUCCACCUUCAAUGCCAGGUCAAUUCCAGCCACAGGUGCCCCCCCAAUCCACUGAGUCCAACCAGCCCCACUUACCACCAAAACCCGCAGAGCCAAGCCAACCUCAGGCACCCACAGAACCAGUGGAACCUGUUCAGGCUCAGCAGCUACCUCAAGAUCCCCCCCAAAGUCUGGACGACAUGCUGUCCUUCUACAGGCAUGCCACCUGAUACCUGUGUGGUGAAAAAGGGGCACAAAUGUUUUUAGUGAUUUAACUAUUACAAUAUGAGACACAUGAGGUGCAGCGGUAUCUCUAAAAAUAUUUUCACUUAAUUAUCCCCUGCUGAAAGUAUCAGUAACAAUAGGCAACAACAUUGUGAAUUAUUAAAACAGAUCUUUAAUCAAGAAUGAGCAUUGUCCUCAUUAUAAAGGCAUGUUUUCGUUCUGAGGAUAAAAGUGGAUUUCUAAGGUUUGGUGUUCUAAUCCUGAGUUAGCAGUGAAUCUCUUUAUGCUUCCUCUCAAAUUAAACCCUCUUCUGUGUACCGUUAGACUCGAAAUUGUCAGUAGAUGAGUGUUUGUCGCCUACAACCUUUGUGGGGGAAAAAAAAUACACUGCUAGGUUGUUUGCAACAAGUGUGUCCGAGUCGUCGUAUGACUAUUAAACCAAUAACCACUAGAUGCUGCUGUAAUCAAAAAAUGUUUUACUGUAUUUCGGUGCUUUCAGAUGGAAGCUUCUUAAGUACUGGGAACCAAUCAAACGCACACAUAAUUUGAGACAAAUUAUGAAACAUGUAAAUGUUUACCUAAUGUUUGUCUCUUUACUGGAGAAUGGCAGACUGGUGGUUGUAAUGGCACCGUAAACAUCAGGUUUCCCAACCCUUCAUAAAUAUAUUGGUUUAAAAAAAAAAAAAAAAAACCAUGAAGAAACAAAAAACAUGGAAUACAUUUUGUUAUACAUUUGUGGCCUACAUGAAAAAAAAUGUGAUGUGUACAAAUGUGGACGCCAAAUAUUUAUAAAAUAUAUUAUUUUGAAAUAGAUUUUUUUAAUGAAUAAAUUAGGCAUUAAUAAAAUGUUAAUUAAAGAAUAAUAAACAAAUACACUCCGGUUAUGAAUCCAAUUACGCGUUCAUAUUUUCUUUGAAUUUUAUGCUACUUAACUCGUCUGCAAUUGACAACAAUUGAGUCAAAUUCAGCCAAUGAGUUAAAUGAUUGCCGUAUAAAGGGUUAAAGGUGACCUUGCAAUGAAUUCCACCUUUUUUCCCCCCACUCUUGCAAAAGAUCAAGUACCCACCUGCCCACUUUAUCCUUCUGACACAUCCACUCACUAAGGCCCAAUCGUAGCAAGAAAUUUAAAUGUUAAUGUUAGAUAAAUGCUGUUUGCAGAAGCAUGUAAAAGUGACCAACUAAAAUACCUUGAAAACAGACAUUUUCAUUUCAAAUAGGCUUGCAAAUCUGAUAAAAUGGCAUCAAAGUUUAUUAAAGAUAAUGUGAAAUAAUUAACAACUCAAGGUCACCUUUAAGGUUGGUUCCUCCUGAAUGACUGCACAGCAAUUUCAGGUAGUUGCUUGUGUACACUAAAACAAUGUAAGACCUUGAUUUAGUAUUAUUUCACCAUAUAUACACCCUCUAGUUGGCAGAGUGUACUUUAAGUGAUAAAACAUGGUAUAAAAUGAAGGAAACAUUUUAUGAGCCUUAUUUUCCAGAUAUGUGCACACAUUUGGCCAUUUUAAGACCUCAGAUUUUGUCUAUUUUGCUAUGUUUAUGAUGACUGGAUGAUUUCUGAUAAGGACACCAUGUAAUAUGUUGUGCGUAGUAGGUGUGGCUCUACAGUGAAUUAUAGUAGUAGCUCCUCAAUUUAUUCUUUGAUUGUCCCGAAAAAGAAAAAUGCCUUUUUACAACUUCAUCCAGGACCAGCACACAACAGAAAUGGCAACCACUACACUUUCACCCAUAAAUGUACUGAUGCAGAGGUGAGAUUCGGUCAGCCUCACGCUUAAGUGGUACCUUGCUGACUGGCCACUAUUGUGCAAUGAAUGGCUUUACAUUGGAACAGAUGUCAUGGUGACGGAUCCCCUCCCCACCCAGCCUCUCAUAUAGUGCCACCACUGAGAAAUGAUGUCGGUGUGUGGAUGUGUCACUUUAAUUUGACCAAGACUUCCUGCUGUUUUCAUAAUGGAAAAAUAAUAAUAAAAAACUGACUGUCAGCACACGCUUACGUCUUGAGGUGCAAUGUCCAUUGGUUGUUAAUUUAAUCAUGUUUUAGCAGCACAGUGCGAGUUGCACCUGGCUAUCAUAUCACAUGAGUAUGACUUUUUUAAGGUCUCUCAAAGGAUACUUGGACGGACCUGAUUUGCAAACUAUAGGUUUUCUUCAGGAGACCAUCCCUCAGUAUCCCAGAGCGCUUUUGUAAAUGUGUUUGUUGCCUCAAUAUGCUUGAUUUAACCAGUUGAGUCUUAAUGACCUAUUAUCCCUAAUGGAACUCUCUGUAUACCCUCCACUUGUUUUUAUGUUCAUGGCUUGCAAUUCAUGGAGGAAUCCUAAAUUGUUCCAAAAAGCUCAUAAUGUAUUUUUGUCUUCAAUUGGUUGCUUUGUAAAAUUGCGUUCGUUUUUCGGGUUGACACACUCGUCCGUGUUGCUCAGGUAAUUUGCCCGAGGUUAACAAUUUAUACCUUUGAUUUCCCCUUUCUCUUUGUUAAGUUCACUUCUUGGUCGGGCCAUUAACAUGCAGCCUCGUAAAAGUGCCCUCAGGCUUAAUUAAAAAUCCCCUGCCAUUGAAGGCCUUGUUUGAGCUUGAACCAUGACCAAAGUGUCCUUAAAACCAGUCAAACAACACGUUUUUAACAGUUUCUGCAUGAUGACCCAUGUGCGUUAACGUCCCACAGUGACAUUUAACAUUGACACCUUUUUUUGCCCCUGCAUAACAUCAUACUAGUUGAUGACCAUUUAUCAUAGGCAGAGUUUGACUUUUGGGGCAGGGUGGGCACAACAUGUUGAUGACCCCGAAACGCAGUGUCAGCAAUAAAAUUAACAAGAAUAUUUAGAAUAAUAAGUUGACAAUGAGCGCUUUUUGUUUCCCAUCAUUCUUGAGGGGAAUUCUAAAUUUUUGCUUAGGCAAUAGUUUUCGCCAAGAUCGUCAUCCAGUGAAUAUGGUACACCUGCCGGUGUCGUGCCAAUGUAGUUACCACAUUCAAAAAUUGUAUUCCCUGGGCAGAGCCGUA